AUGGUAAGUUUUCUUUGCUUUGAGGCAGUUGUCACUCGCCAUACGUUUUUCACAGUUGCUGUAAGUAUCAAUCACAUAUACUCCAUGUUUCUCACAUUAUUGUUUGUUGGUAACCGUGUUGCAUUUUAAUGUGCAACAUGCAUUUUUACUAAUGACAGUAUGUAUACAUAUACAUAGAUACAUAUAGGUAUAUACAUAUAUAUAUAUAUAUAUUGUCACUCUUAUUUUUUGUUGCGUGCAUGUAGCGCUCUUUAAUGUGUUGGGACAUUACGCAAGGCAAUGUCCCAACGCAGUUCUGGUAAAUAUGUCGACUUUUAGUGUUAAUUAUGUCCCCUGAUAUCAGUUAGUCGCCCAGGGCUAGACAUUCGCUAGCCCGUUUGACCUGCAGGCUAGCGCAGAGUUAGUAACCUGGCUGGCUGAGUGCUCGAUCUGUGCGAGGAAAGUAGCUUUUCUGCUACACCCCUCCUUGAUGCUCACCGGAGUGCAUUUUCCACGUCACACCUGAGGAGUCCUUUUGCGCGUACGCACGCACUUUGUCCGCUAUUUCGGCUGCGAAUUAAACCGCCUUGGGCUACAACGUCCUCAGCUCGUUUGAGAAGGCGCGUCAACCUACUGUCCCCGUGUGGAUUGCUGAAAAAUCCAGUCAGUCGAAACACGAGCCCGCGACCGGACUAGCCCUGGGCGAGCAGAAUGCUAUCAGGGUAUGUUACUUGCUGAUUGGUUGACGUGGGUGACUGCAUUAUGUUGCAGGGCAAACAAUCAGAAGACAGUGUGCACGGAUUUCUAUCGCACAGUUUCAUUACUGGACACUGCGAAAACGAGUUGUGGUGUGGACCGCGCGCCUGUCCGCACGGACUACACUGCCAAGUCUAUCUUGCGUCACUAUCGAUUGCUCGCAGCAAAUGCACCCGUAUUUGAAUAGGCUAGUAAUUAGUACUGGUGAAAUUAACUUUGAGAGGUGACUUAUAGCCUGAAGUUGGCGUCCAUAGUACCACGCCUACGCUAUCAUCGAGUUAGUUUACUGUUAAGGCAUUGGUGUCAGCAACUUCUGCCAAGUUUAUUUCAUAUCAGUUAAUUCCAGUAUAUUGUGCGUUUCUUUACUUGAUGUGGUCGCGACCAUGGGGUAACCGAGGUUGGGUUAUAGGCACAAAGGAGUCCGCUCUACGCUUUGGGGAAUAUUUUUGGUUAGUUUUACGCUGACCACCUCUUACUCGCCUCGGGUGAGUGGGUGGGAUUGGAUUUUUUAUGGCAAAACACAGCUUGCCGAACAAAUGGUGGGUAGUACAUCCAAACCUCCGGCGAUUUAAGGGAGUAACUCGAGACGAGUCGUGGUGAGUGCAAACUACCUCACAAGAUGGCAUCGUCCGUUGGCAAAGGUAAUCUAAAACCUGUCCAAAAUAAUCCACAGCCGCAUACAUGUUUUAAAAUUUCGGACUCCAAAAUACCUCAUUGGUAUCGAGGGGAUAGCGCCCCUUUUUCGUGUAUGCCGUUGCUCCAACGAGAAGCCAUUUGUUUCCGCCAGGGACCUGACCGUUUGGCCUUCUAUAUCCUCAACUUAACUUUAACUUCCGUAAAGAUGAGCAAAUCGGAUGGACACCAAUUACACACGUAUAUUUCGUGACAAUUGGCGUCUUGCAGGACCAAAGGAUCUGUCCAACUCUCCUAAAUGCUCUGCGGGCAGGGCUGACUAAACUGUACCCGUCCUUCGUCGUCUGGUAGCAUUGUAGCUCCGAACUAUUUGAGAAGCUCCAUAAAAUUCAACAGGCGUUAAUUAAAAUACAACUUCUCAGGUUUGGGGCCCACAAAUAGCAAAAAUUUUUGCCGUGUGUGUGGUCAAGCUGAGUGCUGGUCUGACCUGGUUGUCCCUAGACUGUAUACUCCAACUGUUUGUACACCACUACUAAUUGGAUAACACCAACCUGGCAAAAGCCCGUGCACGUGUCUCAUGAACGGAACUAGAUCUCCGAGACAUCUUUGCUACCAAGAUCUUUUUCGGGCAGUGUAAGUAAAAUAGAAGUUUCGUGUUUGGGAGUGCCUGCAGCGAACUUAUGGGUGCAGACUGGGGACGCGUAAUGCUAAUAAAUUCUUGAAAGCUUAUGCGAUCAAAAAAAACUACAAGUGCAUGGAUUCGAGGAUAGGGAAAAAGAACCACUAUAGGAAGAUAAACUAUUAUCCUCUGUACAUAGUACGACUGUGAUCGUACCUUACCUAGGCGACCUAGUUGAUGUCGCGGGUUGUACCUAUACGCGUGAGGACCUGCAAAUGCAACUCUGGAGUCCGAUUCACCCACUUCCAAAGCGACGGAGACUGAAUACGAUGGUCCCAGAACCACUUCCACGUCUUGACGAACUGCGUUUGGCCCGGUUUUAAGUUGGCCUCCUUUUUGACGCCUUCGGCUGAGCAGCGGCGCCGAAUCAAGGGCAGCAACAUAAGAAUAACGGAACUGACAACGAAGAAAAUACCCAAACUACCUCAGUCGUCUCUAGAUGGCCCAAGAUCUCGCGAUGUUGCCGCAGUGAGUACUGACCGUCUCGUCCGAGACGCAGUCGGUGUACUACACUCGAGAGAUAAUUAUUAAACACCGAUGGUCAAAUGCCUUCACUUUUAAAUUGUUCUUUACGCGCACAGCACGGCAUUCUUAACUGCUUAAGGGGAUUGACCGGGCGGACGUCGGGUACAAGGGCAUUUUUACGGCAACGGAGGUAUCGCGCCGGACCCAUAAACAUGACGGCUCAGAGAAACCCGGCGAGCAGCAUCGAUUUUUAAAACGUUGUCUUUCCUGUCCACCCGGAAGCACCUUCGUCCUAUAGUUGACCUUGCUGUCAUUCACACGUACUGUUUGACCUUGGCAUGCCUGUUUUUCGAUCCAGCUCCUGAUGACUUUUGUGCCUUCCGCUGCUUGUUUGCCUACUCUGCCAACUAGUGGUGAAUAUUUUACUUCCGUCUUGGUUGCUUGCGGGCGGACGACGUGUAUACGGAACCGGAAGUUAGCCUCAGUCAAUUAGCAAAUACCAAAUUAUCCAUGGACACCAAAGUUGUUGAUCUCACUAGACCUAACUAGGUGCCAAGCUAUGUGCGUCUCACAUAAUUUGGACGGCCCCCGUUGAGCGUUAUUGAAAACAAACAUACGUGGUGCGCUGGAACCUAUUUACCCCCAUCGAGCCGGAUUUCUAACGUAACAUUUAUGGACAGAAAUUGAGUUAUAUGGAGUCGAGUACAUCCCCUUACCAUUAUUUCCGUUAUGGCGAGCUGUCCGCUUCAUUUGUAACUGCUAGUUAGCAAAAUUCCCAUUUAGGGUCUGCCAGCUGCCUUGAGGUCCAUUAUGAACUAGCUCCCUCAAUUACAGUUAAAGGAUACCUAAAUGCACCUACAAGCUGCGAAAUUACACUUCACCCCUCAGUAACCGCCCACUAUACGAGAUGCGGUCAAGUUUACUAAUUUCGUUGACCGAUGCAACUUAUUUCUAACUUCGGAUUUACGCCAAUUUGGCAGUUUAGUAAGUCACGAAACCCUGAAGACCUAACGGUUCAUAUGUGACACACAUUUUCUGUAUAAUUCUUAGUGAGAUCUUACCAUCACAUCCACUUGUGACUUUAAGGCCGCAGGAAAUCAUCUAGCCGCCCUAUAAAACCUCUGACCAACGAGCUACGGUUUAGUCGAAUUCUUGGCUCCCGGAGGGCUGUGACCUGUCCAAGUUAGACUUGACAGAGGCGAAUGACGCGGUCAUGGCCAAUUUUCCAGACAUUAGCAGUGUCGACUUGAAAUAUUGCCACGGACAUUAGUGGUUUCCUGCCAAACAAAAACAAUCAUCUGCAUAUUUUACCAUCGCUGUUACUGUUGUUGUAGUCCUAUUUUCUAUCAUCUGCCAACCUUUCUGAUCAUAACAUCGCUUAUUUACUGUUUAAAUAGGACUCGGUUGACUAUGAGAGCCUUCCUGAAGGUGUAUCAUCAGCCGUUCACAUGCUGGCUGGUGCAUCUGCCGGCUUCAUGGAGCAUUCAGUUAUGUAUCCUGUUGAUUGUGUCAAGGUUAGUUUUCUUAACCCGAUGAUAACCGUCAAUAAAUCAGGAUUGUCGACUGUUUUCGCUAUCUACGUGGCCAUUUCCCCUUGAGAAGCUGUAUUCGGGUCUUUUGUGGAAAAAUAUACCAUCUCUUUGCACAUCAACCAACAUCAAUUUUGAAUCUGGACGCUGAUUCUUCGCUUCGAAGGCGUGUUUUGAAUGAAUGUGCCUUCAUUUUGUUGGCUGUCAUAAGUUGCUCACAAGGUACAAAACAGGGAGACGGCAGCCUUCAUUACCUGACAUUGGAGUCCAUCUGACCGACGACACAUGCACAAGUAGUAGGCAUUAGUCUUUUUUGGGUUUUUCGGUAGCAUUCGCCGUCUUUUGAUGGCUCGCCGCUACGCGACUACCGAAAUUCCAAGACCGCGGGACGCACAUGUUCCGCUUUGCGAUGAAAUCACAUCUGUUAACUCCACUUCCACGUGACUUCACCUAAGUCAAUCAUCUUUGACAAGGCUCGGCCGCCAGAGCAUCCAGCUAAACCAUUCGAACUUGUUUCCAUCUAUCAGGUGUUCCCAGCCUGAGUUAUGAGUGCCUGUUGACUAAAAGUGACGAAAACGGUCUUCCCAGUUUCCUUCGUCUUUGUUUAUCAGACUUGAAGAGUAGGUAUAUUCCUUAUGUUUGGCUUAUCGCGCGGCUCUGUUGUUUGUAACUUAUUUCGGGCGAGAUGUCCUAGCCAGUGCAUUGCAUGUGCAGUCUGUACCUGCUUUCUUUUUGUCCUGAUGCAGACCAGACUCCAGUGCAUCCGCCCAUCCGGUGGCCAGCGGUACCUCAGUGUGUCCGAUGGUCUCUAUCGACUUAUUAGCCAGGAGGGCUUCAUUAAAUCAUUCCGGGGCAUAGGCGCCGUUGUGGUCGGAGCUGGUCCUGCCCACGCCCUGUACUUUGCACUCUAUGAGCAACUGAAGAGGCGCCUUGCCAGUCCUACAGAGUCAAAUCAUCUGUCUCAUGCAUUCAGUGGCGCCAGUGCAACCUUAGUACACGACGCUAUAAUGACCCCCGCAGAUGGUACGAUUUCUUCCCCUUUCAAAUUUUCUACAAACCAUUUUUUCGGAUCUCCAGGGUUUUUUGCCGAUUUUGCCCAAUAAUCUGCCUCAAGGCCUCAUGGCAGCACAAUGACAGUAGACGUAAACCACCGCUAAAUAGAUUUGCUUGUCACAGUUGCCCUGCAGUUAGAUUUCAGCGAGCAAAAGAGCUAGAUGAAAUAACCUCGAACAGACACACCAGUACUCAAACUUUCCAACAAAUCUCACGAAAUACACCCUGUCUAUGUUAUAGCAGCCAGGGGGACUGAUGCCCUCCACAAUCCUGAUCUAGUACUGCCGACGAAUAGUAUGUGAGCUGGUCUACACAGUCGAGGAUAGAUCCUCCCUUUUGAAUACUGGAGUGUCUUAAUGUCACCAGGCCUGGUACACAAAGUCUGACGGUGCGCAGUUUUCAUAAGUGUAGAGUGGGUGUCUGCUGCCCACCCGAAGUUCUAACUUCAGACUUGGGCCCAUGAGGAGUCAAUAUUUUGUGGGCCAACUCCCACCUCACUCUGUAUCACAGUAGCCCACACGGCUCUUCUGGUAGAUGCGGUAUGACGACCGCCAUUUUGCACCAAACGAACAAUGUACUGCUUGUAUGGUAACCAGUUAGUGAUCGGCCAGCGCGACAAAGAAAUCCACUAGAAGCUACAAGAGGUGAUCGAAAACAUGCCUCGUUGUAAUCAGUUUAUUGUCGCUGGGCGCCAAAAUGGCCGGACUAGACGGGGCGACUCCUCAAACAGUCUUCUUAUCGGUUGCCUUUGGCUUGAUUCUCGGUGUUACAAUGGUGAGAAAAAGUUGGGCUUUACUGGCGCUAACCGGGCAAUUACCACUACAUGCUUCAAGCAUCUGCUGCCCCUGUUAUCCAAAGCAUGGUAGUACUAGUCACAAUUACUGUGCUCUAUUCGGUUCAAGUUCUCAUCGCUGUGUUCGUGAUAGCAAGUGCAUGCGUGGUGACCAAACUGGCGACGCCUAUGAGUCAGGUCAUGUUCUCGUUCGCACACGCUCGAGAACUCAUCCUUCGCCGACGCCUAAAUUGUCACUUAGAAGACUCCUUGCUGUCUCAAAAAUACAGACCAACACAGCUGCUGCCCCAGGCAGAUAAAUCCGAUCUCACUUUACGACCCUAAUCAAGGAAUAAGGUAGUAGAAAGUGGUCGUCUAAGUCGCCAGUCUACAAGGCGGCUGAGAAGAUUCUUGGAUUCACUAACGGCACCGCAGUGAUACGAUCAGUGAAAUAAUCGUGCAGUUGUCCGCCCAGAUAGUUGCAGCUAGGUGAUUCCUUCCGCCAGCUACUGAAAUCCACGGCAAAGUCGGUCAGAGACGACGGCAAGAACUAUGGGCCCAAAGGGGCAACCCUAAUAGAGCAGAAAUCAGACGUCGGUGACACUUGGAAACCCCACUGAAUCGCUCGAAAAAUUCGUGAUGAACCCUUCACACCGAGUGACCCUUCGCGAUGUGAGCGGCGAAGUUUGGCCAAGUUCGAGUGCUGGCGUGAGCACUUUGAGCACCUUCUCGACUUCAGUAAUCAACCUAUCAUUUCUUCGCUAUAUUCUGCAGUAGAAUGUCACUCUCCAACCCAGGCAGUGUCGUGUGACCCCUGUAUUAGGAACUAAUCGGUAAUGCAUUACUAGCUCUUUGCACCAAAGCACCGAGAGAGGACGGUCUUCCCACUGAAAUCUACAAGUUUUGUGCGGACACGGACGCUUGGCUUUAGGGAUUGAUUGCUCCGGCGUGGGGAGAUGAGCUCGCUCGGGCAUAUUUAUGCUUGUAUUCAAGUAGACAGACGGAAAAAAGCGUGAAAACCAUUUCGGCAUAUGGCACUUCGACGUUGCUACAAAAGCUUUUGACAUGGUCAUUCUUAGACGGCCUCAGUGCACGUGACUUGGGGACAAGAGCCACGCGGGAUUGUGAGCUGGACGCGAAUGCACAAACGAGAUGUUUACACUACAACGCACUCUUAAGUUUAGUAAUAACUACCAGAAACCGACGGUUGUCUACUUUUUAUCUUCGCGACAGCUUUCACUUUCAUUCAUCGUGAGUCAUUGUGACAACUUAUCCAACUAGCUAACAUUGACAAAAAUAGUCGUAAUAAUGAGAACCUAUCCUCGGUCCACCGCAGCACGAGGUCUGGUUCACAAUAAUCUUUCCCAACCUGUUCAUAUUCGAUCUGGUGUUUAAGACGGUGGUGUUUUGUCACCAAUCCUUUUCAACUACGCCAUGGACUGAAUUCUCAGAAGGACCCUGGACGGUUUCGACGGUGUCGAAUUUGCCCUCUGGCGCCGGCUGACUGAUCUCGUCGACGCUGAUUAUAUCGCCCUGCUAGCCUCAGGCUUUGAUAACCUGUAGAAUAUGGUGUUUCGGUUGGAUAAGGCCAUCAAAUCAGUCAUCUUAUGCGUAUUUGCUGAGAACUAGUGUUUCCGAGCCUCAUUCCUGACGAGGAAAAUGUAAUCCUUGGGACUAAUUGUUGUUGUCUUGAAAUUGACUUUCAAAGACGUCAGUACGAAGUUGCCCCCGAAUAGACAGAGUAAAAACAACAUCGUCUUCAAAAUCGAUGCUGCUCACAGGGUUUUCAUGAACCUUUCUGUCUGUGGAUCCGAUGUGAUAUCUCCAUCGCCACAAAGGUACGCCUGGUCAGUUCCCUUAUACACUUCUGAAUACAGGGCUGUGCGCGUGAUAGACGAGUUAAAAGUGGAGGUAUUUGACCAACGUUGCCGGAUAUCAUUUCUCAAGUGUAGAUCACCGACUGCGUCUUGGAUAGGAGUCCGCACUCGCUGCAGCGAGAAUAUCUCAGACCAUGCAGGAAGGAUGGCUGAGGUGGUUUGGGCGCGUUCGUCAGCCCCAUGGAUGUUCGUGUUAAAAAUUCUUAGUCGAACCAAACCGUCCAAAUUUUGUAGAUUUUUCUCCCUUGUCCGUUUUUUUUUCAUUUAUGGCCGUUCCGUCCUUUCGAGACUUCAACUCCUCAGCACUGAUUUUUGCGCCAUUUGCAUCGACGCCUGGCCCAGAUCUUAUUUCCUUCUCUCGUCCCCUCCCCCGGAAAAUUUGUUGACUUGGUAAUUCCUCCAUCACUAUCGGGAGAAUUGCCACUCUUGAUGGCAUAAUGGUGUACACCAGUAGAUGUUGUUGAUAUCGAAGGGACUUGCGCCAUUUUUGCCUUACUAACUUCAUGCACACUGCAUAUAACAAUCGCAAGUCAAACUGUUGGCUGCUUCAGUCAUAGUUCACCAGUCUCCAGUCUCAUCGAAGUCACUUAAGAUGACAGGAAUCGAAUGUGGACUUGGCGACUGGGGCGGUUGGUCUAGUUUCUGUGUCUGUUACACGCAUUCUGGCACCACUCUCUGCACAAAAUCUAGGCUUGAAAAGGGGUGUGUCGGAUCUCAUUGAAAAAAAAAACUUGUCAUUAGGACUACAUUAAGAAGACGUUGCAACCUAUUCCUCAGUCUGGAGGACCUAGUCAUUUAUCCAAUAGGCAACCCUCGAAGCUGCGACUGUUUGCACGUCACGGUAGUUUAAAGUUCAACGGAUUGUACCAGCGCAUAGUUCGAAUGAAUCCAUUUGGAGGUGAUGAGAUAGGGCGCAGCAGCUAACUUAACUCAUUGCCAUCAUCUACGCUGACGACGCACGAUGUUAUCGACAACAGAGCCAAACUCUCGCGUCUGACGGUAACUCGAAACUGUGCCGCGCAUAUUCUAAAACCAAUGGAGAGAUAGUCAUCGACUUCCCAUGUAGUCUACAGUCUCUUCGACUUGCAGACCAAGAGUUUACCAUGUAGCGCCUGAUAUCUUUUGACUUGCAGUUACUUUGACCUACCGUGUUCACUCCGUUUACACGCUUGUUUCCUAGCUCCUGACGACAUAUCCAUCGAGGGAAACGGUGAACUAAGCAAGACUGGUGUUCACUUAAUAUGCCUGUUAACUUUCUCCUACGCGUACCUCAUUUCUUUUCAGCUGUGAAACAAAGACUUCAAAUGUUCAACAGCCCUUAUCAUAAUUCCUGGGACUGCAUCGUCCGAGUCGUCCGGACCGAAGGAAUUUCAGCCCUUUACAGGGCCUACCUCACUCAACUGUCGACUAACGUUCCCUUCCAAAGUUGUCAUUUCAUGGUGUACGAAUUCCUGCAGGAUAAACUGAAUCCUUCCCGGACCUACCUUCCUUGGAGUCACAUUGUGUGUGGCGGACUCGCUGGUUCUAUUGCUGCUGCCAUCACUACACCCAUGGAUGUGUGCAAGACCAUUCUCAAUACACAGGUUGGCGUUUUUACGGAUGCCUUCGCUCGCUUUUUUACGUUGCACACGGCAUUUAUCAUCUCUUUCUUGGCAUUUUUAAUACCCUAAUUAGUAUCUUUGCUCAUUGUAAUUUGCUGAUCAGUAGCCGUUGUGCUGUUAUCGUAUCUGGGGGUCGGCCUCCAUUCCCUGUAGUCUAACUGCAGUCUUAUUUUAUUAAUUUGCCCUUGGUUGUCGUACGAAAACAGCCCUUUCGAGAGUUGACUAUCUUUUCCAAUGUAAUUUUCCGAAGGAGUAGGGUAACUGAAAAAUGGUCCGUGCGCGUUUGCUCUGUCUUGUGGUAAAGUCGAGUUGUUUAGCGUAGACCGUUUGGCUAACGCAGUCCUCACUACCCUAGGCAGAAAAGGGCGACCAUAUUUAUUCUUCUCUAAUUGCUGGGUCAUGCUGCUCAUUCCGAAUCAACAGCUCAAUAUCAUUGCUGUGACCUCCCUCCGGCAAUGUUCACAGUCUGUGCAGUGAUGGGUAGUCAACAGAAUUUUCCGUCCUCAGUGUACUGUGUGACUUGUGUCAAAAUGAGGUCCACUUCAGGAUAAUUUCUGCUAAUAAUCCGCAAAUUCUUCCCUUCAGCUUGUGCUUUCUCUUACUCUGAUAUUUGUUUAAGAGUUCUUACCAGGGCAAGUGUCCGUUGGGUGUUCGAACACUGCCGCAACAGGAACGCAAAUGCAUCCGCUGCAUUUACAAGUACUUCAAUCGGACGUUUUACAUUGUGUGUACUCAUCCUUUUUUAAAAAAACAUUGAAGAAGGCAUACAACGAGACUUGUAAGUGACCUGUGUCUUCCAAUGGAACCAAAGUUAUUGCGUUCUACUACUUCCUCGCCAAACUAUGCCGAGUACUUUCUUCCUUGCGUGAUUGCGUACGCGCGCUCAGCAAUGGGCACGGAUGGAAUAACGGUAGUUUCGGUUGCGCGACUGAACCAGAUUGGUUGUUCCAAAAUAGCAUCAUCUGCCACCGCCAAACUUCGGCAGCUGCUCCUACUGGCGGUUUUAAUUAUAUUAAUGUCUGGCGUUUCUCUUCCAUCUGGAAGGAUGUGAUUUAGGAUUGUUUCAAUGGCAGGAGGGCAAUAAACGCGUGCGAAGUCAUGCGUAGACGGGACACGAGUCACAUAACCCAAAUUCGUCUCAAGUCGUCCUAAUCUAGCCUUACCCCUAGCGCAUAAGGGGUGCGGUAAGGAACAGCGAAACCGAUUCUGCUCAACUCAUCUUACUAUCAUGCCACUCACUUUCGACUACAACCCUCCAGCCUCUUUUUGCUGCCGCGGAAACAGCGGAGUCCAAGCAGGCAGUCUAGGCUAGUUGUGGUCGUUACCCACCAGCAGGUAACAAUCACUUUCGGCACCUCUGUGUCUAGGCGGCCCUGUUUUGGUACGCCCGUAAUGCGUCCUUCGUGACAUUUCACUUAUGCCACAUUUCGAAGUCCGCAUCGUAUAGGUAUAGAGACCAGAACUGAUGUGACACGCAUAAUUGGCAGCUUCAUGCUACGUCAGCUACUUGCCUACAUCCAGCUGGAGUUACUUCCAUUUUGUCACGCCACUAGAGCAUGGUGGAUUUUUGAAGAGAUUGUGUUGCUGAGGUCUCACGACAAGCUGGGCGCGGAUGUGCGGACCGGGUGCUCACACUGAGGCGCAUUCUCGAAUCCCGCCAUUGUUACCAACAAGCGACGACCGUUUGCCUUGUCGACUUCGUUACCGCGUUCGACUCUGUUCAUCGUGAGUCUCUGUGGCGAAUAAUGGGACUGGAUGGUGUGCUGACCAGAGUCCUCGCUAUGAUCAGAGCCUACUGCUGCUUCAUCACUGCGCAAGUUCUGGUCCGUAACAAUCUCUCCCAACCGUUCGAUAUUCGGUCUGGCGUUCGACAAGGUUGUAUCCUGUCUCCCAUACUUUCAACUACGCCAUUUACUGGAUUCUCGGAAAGGCCCCAUACGAUGUCGACAGUAUUGGAUUUCAACCCGGGCGCUGGCUGACUGGUCUCGACCCUGCCGAUGAUAUCGCUAUUAUUUUUGGGUUUUGGCGAUCUACGGUCAAUGGUGUCAGAAGUGAAUGAGGCCACUGAAGCGACUGGUUUACCUAUAAACGCUGUGAGGACCAGUGUUAUCAAGCUGCACCCCUGACCAUGGAAAGGCACCCGUUGAGAUUAAUGGCUAUCAACUCGAAGUAGACAGUUUGAAAUAUCCCCAGGCGAGGCUAUCGCCGAACGAACAGAGCAAGAACACGAUUGUCCUCCGAAUAGAUGCUGCUCUUAGGGUUCUCUAAAGCCCGAAAAAGUGUCUAUGACGCGGCAGUUCCGUCGCCACGAAGAUUGGCGUGUAUCGUUCACCCGUUUGCUCAGUCCUUCUCAGUGGGUGUGGAUGCUGGGCUGUCGGCAAAGCUCGACCCGGCCUGCCUCUCCGGCGUCUGUAACUAGUGUGAAGUAGAGUGAAUGGGGACUAAAGGUGGCGGCUGCCAAGCUGGACUCAGUGCACUCUGCCCCCGUACAUGUGUCACCUUACCGUCCACUGCAACCCCGACGUACACCUAAACCUCAGCUGUCUAUAGCGUUAACCUUCUGUGCAGUCAUGGCCGUAACCAUCCGAUCUAUCUCGCUGUCAACUUGCGUCCAGAUUUAAUGUUGUAUCCUUUGGUAUCUCUAAGGACUUCAAUCAUCAUCAAAGCUACAAAAAUAAACUUUAGUAGGCACGAAAUGCUUGUGAGUGGCUUCGAACCAAGCAGUCUCGAGUUGAGGAGGCGCAAUUUACAAUAGCAUUCUUGGUUUCUUCACCUACGGUCAGCCGUAGCAUUCAAUUUUCGCGUAAACAAGCAAGUCGUGGGUAGAUGGAUGUUGGCCUAUGGAACACUGGCUGUAAACAUUUUUCGCAACGUUUUCGCCCAAGUUUUGCCGACUGCUUAGAUGCGGUCCUGAAUCACUCAAGUACGCCUGCACAUCCCAGGACGUUCAAGUGACCACUUGAUUGAGUGGGUGAUUUUUUGGUUUAAAAUAAUACGUGUCUGCGUCUCCCGUCACCUACUACACUGCAUUUUUGUUUGCCAGUGUUCUGCUAACUAGGGCUAAAAUUGAAUUCGUGUCCUAUUUCGAAACUGCCGUUUUCACCUGUUCAUGUGUUCUAAACUCCUUUUUACUCCAUUGGCCUCAAAUAUUCUAUUAUUUCACCUAGCCCCAGGCCUGUCAGGAGGCUGUAGUUGGUGGACUCCAUGCGACAUCGCCAAAAAACGAGAAACCGAAAUUGAUCCGCGGUUUCCUUUCGGCUUGCCAUUUCGUCAUCAAAAACCAUGGCUUCCGGGGUCUCUUCCUUGGCUUGAAUGCUCGCGUUCUAGCCACUCUGCCCGGCACAGCUAUAUCUUGGUCCGUGUAUGAGUACUUUAAAUGGGUGCUCGUUCAUGGCGUUGAGCAUUCCUCCACCGCUGUGCAUUCUACUCUCCCCUCUUCCGUUUCAAUGGAGUCUCAGCCCCCGGGCUCCUUUUAA